AUGACGACGCAGCCAAUCAAGAUCGGCCACGGCAACAUGGCGGAUACGACUAUCCUUCGACGUAAUCAACAGCAGCCACACCGGGAGACUGCGAAACCGGUCAGCAAGAAAUCCACCAUCACCGGCGCCGCCGGCGCCACUGCCGCGCGCCUUGCCACGGCAGCCCUCGCCCUCACCGCUGCUAGCGCGGCCACCUACGAGGUUUCCCCUGAUGGCGAUCCCAUGACGCUGACCGCAGCGCUAGAGGUGGCCGGUGCAGGCGACACCAUAUCUUUGGGGGACGGGAUCUACCGCGAGCCGCUCGUGACGAUGAACGCCGGUGUGGAGGGCAACCCUCUCGUGAUCGAGGGUGGCAGAGACGCGGUCAUCAACUACUACACCGGCGACAAGAGUAUUAUGUGGUCCCAGAAGGUCGUCGACAUUCGCCACUCGUGGAUCACUCUGCGGGGGUUUACCGUCGACUGUCAGAUAGACGACGCCGAUGACGAGGAAUCGUUCGUGGACAAAUGUAUCUUCGUGGAGGGUCAGGCCGCGCCCGAGGACGUCGAGUACGACGGUCGCACUGUUGAGACCGCCUUGAUUGGCACGGUGAUCGACAGCAUGAAAAUCCAGAACUGCGGGUGCGUGCUUGCGUGCGUAUUGCACUCAGAGGGGGUUGGCACUCACCGGUAA